CCGCCUCGCGGUAGCUUCCAGCCGGGCCCAGUUGUCUCCGGACGCAGGAGUGGAGGCUUCAUUAUAGAUAUGGAGCCUGCGGGCCCCGAGGCUGGGGAACGGUCCUCCGGGCUGGAGGCUCCGGGAGGCGCCGACGACCGGCUUUUCCUAGUUAAAGGUGGACUUUUCCUAGGUACCGUUGCUGCUGCAGGAAUGCUAGCUGGAUUUGUCACGACAUUAUCAUUGGCUAAAAAGAGAAGCCCUGAAUGGUUCAAUAAGGGGAGCCUGGCCACCGCCGCUGUCCCGGAGAGCGGGUCGUCCCUGGCCCUGCGAGCCUUGGGCUGGGGCUCCCUGUACGCGUGGUGUGGGGUUGGCGUGAUCAGCUUCGCCGUCUGGAAGGCUCUAGGAGUUCACAGUAUGAAAGACUUUCGAAGUAAAAUGCAAUCCAUAUUUCCAGCAAUUCCCAAGAACUCCGAAUCUGCGGUCGUCGAGUGGGAGGAAGCCCUGAAAUCCAAGUGAGACGAGCAUGGUGGAUGAACCCUCAAACGACUGAGUGCAGGGAGGACCCCCGCGGCGACGGGACUCGGUGACCUCUCCCCGGGAAGACACGCGGGUCAUUGUCUGAGCCCACGGGGUGGACGGUGCUCGGUGUGUUCAGCGUCUUUCACGUUCUGUGCUCACACGUGAGCGUGUGUGUGUGUGUGUGUGUGUGGUGCCGGGGGGAGGACGGACUCUUCCCGAAGUCCAGAAGACUGUGUAAAAAUAGCGACACAGACAACUGCCCUAUGUGGAGGAGGCCCCGGGAAUCACUUCUGUGUGUGACGGCUGCGGUCGGAACUGAGUUUUGUGCCUGAUGGAAAAUCUUUGUAACAGGCUCCUCCCAGCAGCAGUGCCUCCAUGUGUCUAAUUAAAUGAGUGUCGACAGUCUUGUUGUCCCUCUGUGACGGCCAGAACGUGGGAGACGCGCUCCCGCCAGGCAGACCCAAAGGGCUAACAGGGAAAGCCUGGGCGUGGGUGGGCGGGGCAGGGGGCGGGGCUCUGUGUUUGCACGAGCUAGUGGUGCGCCCAGUGACCUCGCCUUCCGUCCUGUAAGUCCUAGGACAAGAAGCCAGUAACAGGUUAUGAGAACUUGAAAAGGUACAGCUAAGCUAAAAUAAGAAUAAUGAUGUCAUGGGUAUAACGUGGGUAUUUUUGAGAAAUGGGUUCCUAAAUAUUAAUUGACAGUUUGUAGCAUUGCCAAUGUAAAAAUAACCCAGUUAUCACCUAUCUUAACAAGUAUUUUUAACUAGAAAGUCACCUGAAAUUGUCUCAAUAUUUAGUACCGCCUUGCUGAUGAAACUGGUAAAUUCUUAUGUACACUUUCAACCCUUUUCUGUCCUCCAUGCGCUCACACAGAAAACAGAAUAAUGCCUCAUUGCAAUGAAUUAUUUUUACUGGAGAUUUAAAUUUUUUUAAAGAAAAAUAUGUCAGUAUGUCCAGAAAAAUGACCUCUGGUUAAAUAUCAGUUGUGCAAUUUCUUUAUCAUUGCUCAGGCCCUAAUUAGCAAUCGGAUUUAAUAAAGUAUAUUUGAAAU